AGCCUCUGUACGGACCACUCCCCACUCUGAUCAAGAACCAGGAGCCUCUGCUUGCCGUGGUUAGUUCAGUUUGUGUCGACUGCCCAGAGUCCAUGAACUGAAUCACCCACUCCCAGUGAAGAGGAGAGCUGAGCUUGCACCCCGACACCCAGCAAGGCUUUAAAAGUCCCGGAGAAGAAAACCUCCAACAGCACAACAUUCCAGGGAGUCUCUGUCGAAACAUGUCCCUCUACAGCUUCGGACUGGAGCCGGUGUCCUGCCACGCCUGGAACAAAGACCGCACACAAAUUGGCAUAAGCCCCAACAGCAGUGAGGUGCACAUCUACCAGAAGAGCGGGAAGGACUGGAUCAAAAUCCAUGAGCUCACCGAGCACAGCGGCCGCAUCACAGGCAUUGACUGGGCACCAGAGUCCAACCGCAUAGUGACCUGUGCCUCGGACAGGAACGCUUACGUGUGGACGCUGAAGGAGGGCGUGUGGAAACCCACACUGGUGCUGGUUCGCAUCAACAGGGCUGCCACCUGUGUCAAGUGGUCCCCGCAGGAGAACAAGUUCGCCCUGGGCAGCGGGGCCAAGCUGAUUUCCGUUUGCUAUUUCGAGAAAGAGAAUGACUGGUGGCUCAGUAAACACAUCAAGAAAACCAUCUGCUCCACUGUGCUGAGCCUGGACUGGCAUCCCAACAAUGUGUUACUGGCGGCUGGCUCUGCAGACCUUCAUUGCAGGAUUUUCUCCGCCUACAUCAAGGACAUCGAAGAGAGGCCAGGACCCACACCCUGGGGGGCCAAGAUGCCGUUCGGGGAGAUGCUCCUGGAGCAAAGGGACUGCGGGGGCUGGGUGCACGGCGUGAGCUUCUCUCCGUCCGGCGACCGCCUGGCUUGGGUUAGCCACAACAGCAGCAUCGGUGUGGUUGACGCCCCCGGUGGUAAAGAAGUCACCCAACUGGCCACGGAGCUCCUCCCCCAGCUGAGCGUCCUGUUCGUCAGUGAGUCGGAGAUAGUGGCGGCGGGUCACGACUGCUGCCCUUUCCAGUACUCCUACAAGGGCCCCAGGGACCUGAGCUUGGUGAAGAAGCUGGACAUCCCCAAGCAGGCGUCUCGCGGCGGCCUGUCGGCCAUGCAGCACUUCCGUAACCUGGACAAGAAGGCCAUAACUGAGGAGGAGCAGAACGAGCUGGAGAGCCUGCACCAGAACUCCAUCACCCAGCUGCGCAUCGUGGAAGGUUCCAAGACCAAGGUCAGCAAGUUCAGCAGCGUGGGCCUGGAUGGAGCCAUGGUCAUUUGGGACUUCAAGCACUGAAAGCAGAGGGAGGUGUGUCCUGUUAGCCGUUCUCACCUGCUGUUGGGAUUGCUACUCUCCUACAAAAAUGUGUGUAAAGCACCUAUUUAAAGUGUAAACUACAGGCUAUUUAAAGCUCCUGUGCAUUAAACCAUCAGAAAUAAAGAUUGGUAAAGAGUGGAACAGCAUUCAUGUAAAACUCAAACAUCAAAUUCAAUACACAGUCAGUACGUAAAAAAAAUAUGAACAGAAAAUGAGAUCAAUGAGCUAGCAUCUGUAUUCAACAACAAACAACAGAAAAUAUCAAUAAAUAAAUUAAUUACAGCUUUUUACUUAUUGUUCAUCUUUGACUCUGUGUUUGAAUUUGUAUGCUUGAAUAUUUUGUUUUUACUGCAACAGGAAAUUUUAUUUGAAAGUUUAAAUUUAAUAGUAAAAUAAACAAAUCUUUGCACUGUG